AUGGCAAUGAAGCUAGAACUCUUAGGCAAAGAAGUAAUCAAACCCGCUUCACCUAAUCAUCUCCAAACCCUUCAACUUUCUCUCUUCGACCAAUUUCUUCCUUCAACUUACGUUUCCGCCCUUUUCUUCUACAAUGAUCAAGUAAACCAACAAGACAUUAUAGUCCAGAGGCUCAAGAGCUCACUCUCUCAGACUCUGUCUCUUUUUUAUCCACUCGCUGGACGGAUCAAAGAAGGCGUCACUGUCGAUUGCAACGACGAGGGAGCCUUGUUUACAGAGGCACGGGCCGAUGUACUUCUCUCUGAUCUUUUGAGAAACCCAUCAGAUGCUGUCAUUUUCUUUCGAGACAGAGGAUAUGCGGUUUCGGUUAGCGUGUCUCACAAGAUAUGCGAUGCGGCCUCACUGUCGUCGUUUGUUUGUAGCUGGACAAAGGCUGCAAAAGGGUAUGCUGAUGACAUAGUGAAUCCAGAAUUCGCGGCGUCCCUUUUCUACCCUCCUGCUGAUACUUCCAUCGAGUUUUUCCCGUUACUCGUACACGAAACAAAAUCUAAGACAAAGAGGUUUGUCUUUGGUUCUUUGAUGAUUGAAAAGCUCAAAAGCAGAGCUUCUUGUAGCAAACGUGUGCCACAAGCUACACGCGUCGAAUCCAUCACGGCACUGCUGUUAAGAUGCGCGACAAAGACGAGGCGGUCAAAGGCGUAA